AUGUGUCUCGACCAUCUUGUUCAUAGGCCAUCAGCUAUAUUCGCGGUCCUUCUCCGUCUGGCUGCGCGAAUCUUCCAGAACACGUUCAACGCCGGUACAAGGUGGGGUUUCGGCACACGAUUUGAGGUGGGAAACAGGGAAGCCGUCAUGGACACCACGCCUUUACUUAAGCAAGACCACUCUAGCGCCUAUCAACCCCAUCGCGACAUGAACCACCUCACCACCCCGCAUACACCACCAGCCUUAUCAAAUCUUCAUAAUCCGCCGCUUCCGCUUUCACCCAACGUCAGCUCCAGACACUUGGCCCUCGCAUCCCUGCAAUCGGGCACCUUAACCCUGGAGUCUUCCCUAGCUUGUAUGCAAAUUUCAGAAUCAGGCAAUAGUUCACACAACAUGAGAAUAUCUUGUAUCGAGAGGCAGUCGCUACAUGCCAUACUUUCGCCCGUGCGCGAGGAUUUGCAAAAGCUCAAAACAUUGACGCCCGAAAGUCUGCCACCUUACAGUCCACGCGUUCGAGCCAAGAGCCAUGCUCAGAUCCUUAAGCACAAGCUUCUGCCCAUCGGUCAAUUUAUUGUCAACUAUCUCGAUCCUGUACCGGAACAAGGUCGAGGGGCCCUGGAGCUGAAGUUAUGUCGCGUCAUCACGACGGAGUACUGGCCGUUGCCUGUUGACGACUUCACUCAUUUGAAGGUCCAGGAAAUGUAUCGAAAUGCCCUCUUCAAGAUUGGUCAGCACAGUACAGUUAUUCCACCAUCGGAGCAUUAUCCAACGAAUUCACUGCCUAGCCAUUCACUUGCCAAAUCAUCUUCUCCUACAAAUACACUGUCUUUCAGCUCGGCCAACAAUACAGAGAUGGAUACUGGCGGUGGCAGGUCUCCAGACCAAAUGCACCAGCUCGACUAG